GGUACCAACUUGAAUUGGACAACCACACAGGACCCUCGAGCUACCUCUGCACCCUGCACCGAGUACCAGGGAGCUGAAUUCGCAGUAUCUCGUGCUUCAGUUUUACUGCCGCAUAUCAGACAUACAGGAGCAAUCAACACCACUGCAGUGCUGCAGUGGAUUGCUUGGGCUGUUUCCCAUUGCGGCUCCAGCAUUCUCACUCCAGGUGUAACAUCCAGGACAGGAGAACUGCUUAGCUGCACAGGCUCGCUCUCGGCUUAGGUCCAGUAGCUUGCUUGGCCUACUAUAUCCGUGCCUUCAUUGAGCUUGUCGUCGUCGUGGACUGUCUGAAAAAUGUCGUCUACCGAUCUCCAAGCUCUCUUUUCAAACCUCAAGCCAAAGUCCCAAGAUGCCUCUGCGCCUUCGCAAGAUUCCGUCCAUGCUCAAUCUCCCAACACCAACAGCCACCAAGCGCAGCCAGCCUUUUCUUCUGUGCCUUCCGAGCAUCGUCUCAGUCAGAUGACUAGCAACACAGGCUCAGGCCCUGCUGUCACGGCUCAGUCUCUUUUAAAUCUGCUCAACUUCGGCCCUUCGUCCGCACCCACGCCGGAUGGCAACGCCAGACCUGCCCCUAAUUCUGCAAGAGCCGCAAACACCCCGAAAGAGCAAGACUCCGCGGCCGCUGCAGGAGGGUCUGCCGAUCAAAGAUCCUCCUUGUCCGCUUCUGAAUUGGUUUCGAGGUUCAUGAGUCCUGCAGCGUCUGCCUCCGCAGGGAAACCGCAGACACCAUUCAAAAUUGAAGAUCAAGGAGGAGGCAGUGGUCCGGGAUCUGCCGAGAGUACUAGGGAUGCUUCUCAAGAUGCGCUUCUCAAGCUACUUAGCCGGGCGCAUCCCGCUAACAUGGCCACUGGACAGGUCCCAACUGAGAGGACAGAACCUCAAACUUCGGACACCAAACCUGACAAAGGAGUGGCAAAUGCGGCGAAUCCGACCAGUCCGUCGCCAAUCCACUUUUUUGGCUCCGGGACCAGCGCGAAAGCCACAGCUCUUCCGACUGAGAAGUCAACAACCGACCCUUCGUCUCAAGGCCCAUCCAUCUUCACCUACACCAAUCCAUUUGAAGCCUUGAACGCUUCACGCUCACAAACCCCAAAGGUAGGCACGCCUGUCGGGCCUGGCCUUGCCGAUAUCCCCCAACCAAGUGUUGAGGGAGCCGAUGAUGGCCCUGCCGAAGCAAGCGCGGGCCCGGGGACUCGCCAGCCUGUUACUAAGAGACGAAUCCUAACACCCAGGCUGCCAUCCUCGACGAAGGCCAACCCCAUUUCUCGAGAAGUCUCACUCUCUGCGUCUGACAGGGAGAAGAAGCCUCUUCAAAAAGUUGCAGACAAGGACGCGUCAACUUCGGCUCUCCCUCGCCCCGUUCCGGACCUUUCAGAGUCCAGCAAGCAAAGUGAGGUGCCCGCCCCAGUUCUUAGUGAUGAGAGACCUUUGCAGAAUGCCAACACAGAGAAACCUUCCGACAACCAAGCUGAAGGUGGGGACGAAUGGGAAGACACGGAAGAUUCACCGAACAAGGAGUUUGUUGCCAGAGUUGUUCCUGUGUACAAUUUCCCGAUCAAGCCCUUUGUAUCGAUUAGCCUGCAGCUUCCUUCCAAUUCGGCUGUCGGCAUUAGGGAUGAUGGAGUCAUGGAAAUUUCGCGGUUGAAGAAGGACUUUGACCAGUUGGACCGUUCGCUGGCUGCUGCGACUUCAAAAUACAUUGCGUACGCACUGGUGAAAAACGGCGGUAUGCGGAUCAUCCGACAAGACGACGGCAGCGAUCGUCAAGUAUUCAAAAACUCGCAUGACCGUAUCUUCAAUGUGGCGAUGUGUACCUCCUCUACCACAGGCGCGCCUUCGGAUGAUCAAGCCGUGCUCGGUACAGGUGUUAGCGGCGCAGUCUACUAUGCAACCCUCUCAAAGAAGGGGAAUGACUUGUUCGAGAAAGAUGAGCUUGAUUCUGAAAGUCUUAUUUUUCCGCCCUAUCCACCGUCCGACGAGAACACAGCCGGUGGUGUGCUCAAGACGCGCGCAAAACGAAGCUCACGUCACCCGGAGUUCUUCGCCGUUGGAAGGGGCAAGGCAAUCCACCUGAUCUGGCCGUCUGCUGCGAUGUCAGAGAGAUAUGGUGUCACUGAACACAAUCGCCGUGUUGACGUUGGGAAAUUCUUCCAAGAACGGGCUUUACAGAUCUCCACAGGUAAAGCCGGAAAAGAUUUCACAUUCAGCGAAGAUGACAGCUUGAUCGUAUCCUUGGACAAGACAGGAAGACUACGAUUUUGGGACAUUCGAAAACUGAUCGACGAGCGCACUACAACCACAGCACGUUCUGCAGAUGCCACUGUCGAUGUGCCCUUAUUGUCGCUUUCCACAGCCUCGCCGGCCGAGAAAUCAUGGCCUACUUCUGUCUUGUUCGUUGAUAAGGCUCGCCCUUACGUUAAAGGCGGCCCGCUUCGUUACGUUCUGGUCGGGUUGAGACAGAAUCACACUCUUCAACUUUGGGAUAUUGCGCUCGGUAAAGCCGUGCAGGAGCUGAAUUUCCCACACGAGAACGAGACAGAUGCCAUCUGCAGCGUCAGUUACCAUGCCAAUAGUGGUAUCAUCGUGGUCGGCCACCCAACUCGGAACUCACUCUUCUUCGUGCACCUCUCAGCGCCGCGUUAUGCUCUAAGUUCAUCAUUGUCCCAGGCGGCCUACAUUCAGCGGAUCGCAGCGAAGGAUCCCGACCUACCAAAACCGGACUCUACCGUGUGUAUGAGUGGGAUCCGCGAGAUCUCGUUCGCCGGGAGGGGCGAGUUAAGAAGUGUUGAACUUUUGCCAAUUUACAGAAGCUCUGAGGCACAGAAAGCCGUCGACAUAACAACGCCACUGUUUGAGCUCUACAUUGUUCACUCGAAAGGUGUCACUUGUCUGAACAUCACCAAAGAAGAUCUAGGCUGGAACUCCGAAAGCAAAGUUGUCCGCACCGUUGACGCCGCAAAGGAAGGACUGUUGACCCUGAAAGAGUUGAGGCUUGGUAGUGUCAUCGAGGAAGGUAGCCGAAGUAGGAGUCCUGUCGAGGAAGUGCAGCAGCCGGCCAAGACGUCCAAGAAGAAAUCUGGCAAGAAAGGCGCUGCUCCCGCGGAGCGUGCAGAUGCCGACUUGAUUGAUAAGGAUGUCCCGAAGACUGCGUCUGCGCCGGCCCAGGGCAACAGUGUCGAGUCUACUGCCGACGCUGCCAAUGGCGACAGUUCAAUGGCAAAGGAAAGCAAGAAGAUUAAGAAGAAAUCUCAACAGCACACAGAACCUGCUGUUACAGACAAACCGACCCUACGUACGGCGUCCCCUACAAGGAAGUCAUCCCAGAGCUUGGAAGCUCCUUCUGGGACUGGUGUGACGGGUCCGGCGACAACAUCGGCUGAGCAGGACGCUUCAGGCGCGGCCGAGGCCGCGGACAAGAAUGACGCAGUUACGGUCGGCAUCUCGGGCGAUUGGCUGGACAAGGAGCUGAAAAAGGUCGAGCGGUCUGUGUCAGCAGAGUUCCGCAAGGAAUUGAACCUUUUAUAUCAAAACAUCCAAAACGAUCGUGUGUUACAAGAUGCAUCAUCAGUGGCACGACAGGAGGCUCUGCUUCGACUAGUCUCUACCACACUGACCAACAAUGUCGAGAAGGCCCUGUCUCGUAUCCUCGCCGCGCAGAUGCACCAGUCUGUGGUCCCAGCGUUGACCACUGCCACUGUUCAGGCUGUUAGCAAUCAGGUGGGCGAAACUGUCACCAGAUCCCUUCAUUCGAUGGUACCGCGCGAGCUGGGCGUACAGCUACCUGUAGCCAUCGACACUGCACUGCGAAGCCCUCAAAUGACUCGAAGCAUCGCGGAAACAAUAUCCCAGCGGAUCUCUCAACAAACCGAAGCUCAGCUUGCGGAUAUUCUACAGAAGGAGGUUGUUCCCGCUUUUUCGACUCUUGCAAUAUCGGCUGCCGAGAAGGCAGCAUCAGAGGUCGAAGUUCGACUCAGAAACGAGAUCCGCCAGCUGGAAACCGAGAGACGACACGACAUGACUAGACUGGAAAAGCUUGGGCAAGUCCUUCAGGCUACGGCAGAGACUUUGCAGCAAAUGUCUAACACCCAGGUUGCUUUCCAAGGCCAGAUUCUCAAGGACCGUCGGCAACUGGCGCAGCAUGUAGAGGCCGACUCACCAGCAACGUCGCGCCAGGUAUCGACCGCACGCGCGACAUCGUCCCCACAGGCUGUUGUCCGACCAACGCCUCAGCGACCCAAGACAAGGGAGGAACUUGAAUUGGAGGAAAUCAGCCAGCUGAUGAACGAAGGCCGCUACGAGGAAGGCUCGGUUAGGUGGCUCCAGUCAUCUCAGCCAGCGGAGCUGUUCGACAGACUCUUCAUCCACUUUACCCCCGAGUACCUUGCUACAGACGUGUCUCCGCUUAUUGCAUUCUCAAUUGCAGUGACGCUGGGUAACUCUUUAGCAACCAACACUGCCCGUCGGCUCGAAUGGAUUUCUGCUGCCUUCAAUGCUGUCGACCUCUCUCCUACCCAGGACCCGGAGAUUGCCGACCUAGCACAGCACGCACCAUCCUUAUUAAGUUCGCUUAUUCAGAGGCUGGAAAGUUUGUACAUGGCCAUUGCCGAGCGUGAUCCCAGAGAUCCGGCCUUGCAAAUCAUGCCCAUAGUAUCCAAGAAGGCAAAGGACAUGAGGGCAUCUUUGUUAAGCACUGCUGGACGCCCUGGGGUCAAUCAAGGAUACUGAGUCAAGUGGAUUUUGGGAAAACUCGCUGCCAGCUCAUGGUGACUAGAUAGGAGAGUCUUACAAUCUUCGAUCGUGGGGUAUGGAGAAAGCGUGCCGAUAUGGGGUAGGUUGGUAGCUUGGUCGUCUACUUCAAUAGUCCUCUUCCAACAAAAUGGCCUCAGUGUCUGAGUAUCGAAUUCAAUUUGCAGCAGAUUGUCCAGAAGGCUAGAGGCUUUCCGAAAAAAAAAAGAAAAAAAAAGAAAGAGAUGCCCGUCACAUAUAAGAACAGCUAACCCCGCCCGGGGAGAACAGCCGAGUAAAAAGUCCACGUUAUCGUACCACAGACAUUGUGACAACUCUCCAGAAUCAUGUGGUUUUUAGGCUACCGCAGGGGAGUCAAUAAUGUCCACCGUGCCAGGUUUCGGCGGCGCUUUCCUCGCUCUCGACGCUGCUCGUGCUCGGGUUUCUUUUCAUUAUGUCGGGCAAGGACACCUUUUCCCCUCUCUGGAUUGCUUUCUCGAUCUCGCGUCGUCGCCGCUUGCCCAAUCUGCAAUUGGCGGUAUAUACGCGGCUCUUCUUUUCUUGGGAACAGAAGCCGCCGGUCCAGAAACUAUCGCCCUCGCACGUGUUACCAAAAAGAUCGAGGACGAGGACAAAGAACACCAGCGCACAGGUAAUGGAGAUGAGAUCCAGGGACGAAAGGGAGUCUGAGUCUGCGAGAGGGAGACACAUGAUGAUGACAGCCGCGCCAACGCGAAUGGCCAGUCGGGGACGUUUGCGGAGUCGGGCAUUAGGCAGGCGUUUAUGGAUGUGACAGAAGGAUAUCACUGCCAUUGAGAUGAGUGCAACCCCUAGUCCACAGCAGUAGAACCAUCGAAGUGGUUUGGGGACGACCGGGGCGCUUCUCGCCUCGUACUGCUCUCCCAGAUCUUCCGGGUUGGCAUCAGCGCAGUCGUGUGCCAGGACAAGCUGCGACAGCGUCGCUGCUGCCAGCACGUAUCCCAUGAUAAACGGGAGAUGAGCCAUUGUCCAGACUGUGCUGCUGAUAGCAUGACGUCGGAUAGCGUGAACAUGAACGCGGUAAGCAUCGAUUUCGAAAUAGAUCCUUUAAGACAAAAUAUUACUAUUAUUGGUUGCAGAUAUUCGACAGCAGACGAAAGAAGCUUCGGAUAUAAGGGUAUUUACCUACCAGUUAAAGGUGAACGCUUGGAUCAGACCAAGGACUCCUUUGCCAAAGAAGGCGUGGAUCCCAAAUGAAGCUCUUGACUGAAACAGGAUGGUAAGGAUGGAGUAGCCAAAGACCUGUGGUGGAGACAUGUUAGCAGCUCUACUAUAGCAGCCUCACAACCAGCAGCCUCCGAGAGCUAUUAUUUACCAGUGACACAAAUGCAUUGUUGCGC